GAGAGAGCAAUAAAAAUGAGCCUUUUCUAAAUUCACAAGGAAUAGUAUGCCUGUAAGACUAUUGAGUUACCCUCCUAUGAGCCUGAAAGACAGAAUCAGUACUUCUUACAAAAUACUGGAGGCUGAAAGAAUCCAUAGCAUUUUUGAAACAAGAAGUGUGAAGUCCUUCUCCUGCCCAAGCUGCUGACUAUAUGACACGAUGGGGAAAGCCACAACCCUGCACUUCAGCCAGGAGAUUUGGAGUCAAAGAAGGUUUCUGAAAUCUGUGCAAGCUGCCUAAGAACAGAGCCUGAUUAUCAAGUGAACUGACAUUCAUGAAAGAGAGGAACAAAAAUCUUCAUCGUACACAUGAAUCCUUUAGUGAGCCCUUGAUCUGAUAUUUCCUCCUGAGGAGAAGCAGACAUCAUGAAGCAGAAAUUGACAUCAUCAGUUCCAAUUAUUUUGCUGCUUGCUCUGACUGCAGUGGGUCUGACUGGUCAAUCAUACCCUGGAAAACCUAAGAUAAUAAGAUGUCGUUCUCUAGAAAAGGAAACCUUUUCUUGUUGGUGGAAGCCUGGCUCAGAUGGAGGACUUCCUACCAAUUACACCCUGUUCUACAGCAAGGACAGUGAAGAAAAUAUCUAUGAAUGUCCAGACUACCGAACGUCAGGUCCCAAUUCCUGCUACUUUGAUAAAAACCACACUAAUCCCCGGACAACGUAUAAUAUCACUGUAGUGGCAACAAAUGAGAUUGGAAGUAACAGCUCAGAUCCUCAGCAUGUGGAUGUGACCUCCAUAGUUCAGCCAGAUGCUCCUGUGAACCUUUCUCUGGAAACAAAAACAUCUGCUAACACAAUGUACCUUUGGGCAAAAUGGUCUCCACCUCCAUUAGAUGAUGUCAGCUCUAAUUCACGUGUAUAUCAUUAUGAACUUCGGCUAAAACCUGAGGAAAAGGAAGAGUGGGAGACAAUAUCUGUUGGAGUGCAGACACAGUACAAAGUGAGUAGGUUACAAGCUGGGGUGAAGUAUGUUGUUCAGGUCCGUUGCAUGUUAGACCUUGGAGAAUGGAGUGAGUGGAGCUCCGAAAGAUGCAUUCAGAUCCCCAACGGCGAGUCACCACCUGAAAAGCCGACCAUAAUAAAAUGCCGUUCUCCAGAAAAAGAAACAUUUACUUGCUGGUGGAAACCUGGUUCAGAUGGAGGUUAUCCUACUAACUACACUUUGCUUUACAGCAAAGAAGGAGAAGAACAAGUUUAUGAAUGUCCGGAUUACAGAACUGCGGGCCCCAAUUCAUGCUACUUCGAUAAAAAGCAUACCUCUUUCUGGACUAUAUACAAUAUUACUGUAAGGGCAACUAAUGAAAUGGGAAGUAACAUCUCUGAUCCUCAUUAUGUGGAUGUGACUUACAUAGUGCAGCCAGAUCCUCCUGUGAAUGUAACUCUGGAAUUAAAAAAGCCAAUAAAUAGAAAACCAUAUCUGGUCUUGACAUGGUCUGCACCCCCACUGGCUGAUGUCAGAUCUGGUUGGCUUACUCUUGAAUACGAGUUGCGACUAAAGCCUGAAGAAGGAGAGGAAUGGGAGACUAUUUUUGUUGGACAGCAAACACAAUAUAAAAUGUUCAGUUUAAAUCCUGGAAAGAAGUACAUCGUACAGAUUCACUGCAAACCAGACCACCAUGGAUCAUGGAGUGAAUGGAGCUCUGAAAAGUAUAUACAGAUCCCUACUGAUUUUAGAGUAAAAGAUAUGGUUGUGUGGAUCAUCGUUGGCAUCUUGUCCUCUCUUAUGUGUUUAAUCAUGAGCUGGACAAUGGUUUUGAAAGGGUACAGAAUGAUAGCCUUUAUCCUACCACCAGUUCCAGGACCAAAGAUAAAAGGCAUAGAUACACAUCUCUUAGAGACAGGAAAAUCUGAAGAAUUAUUGAGUGCUCUUGGUUGCCAUGGUUUCCCUCCGACAUCAGACUGUGAGGAAUUACUGAUAGAGUAUCUGGAGGUAGAGGACAGUGAGGAUCAGCAACUCAUGCCAAGCCAUACCAAUGGUCAUCCCAGUAAAAAUGCAAAAAUUAUACCCAAGGAAACAGACAGUGACUCAGGCCGGGGGAGCUGUGAUAGCCCUUCUCUUCUUUCUGAGAAGUGCAGGGAGUGCCGCACCCUUCCGUCAACACUUCAAACACCAGAUGUUACAGAUGUUCAAGAAAAUAAAGGAAGAAAAAGGAGCUGGGAAACUCAGUGCAUAGCUUCAGAACAGAAAAUGCUCCUUUUUAACAAUGAGAGUACAAAAUCGUCCACAUGGCCUGCAGCUCAGUUACCUAAUAAUCAGCCUCCUAUGUUUGCCUACCACAGUACUGUGGAUGCACAUAAGAUAACACUGAAUACCACAAAUGUGAACAUUGCACCGGUUUUGGUGGGAAAUGAAGAAAAGCAUCAGUCACAAUUUCCUAUCACUGAAACUGUCCACAACGACAUGGAAAAGCAGAGAGAGAUGGAGAAUUUGCAUUCCAAAACUGACCAAACCACAGUGCAGGUCAAACAAAACAUACCUAAUGACAAGUCACCAUUUUUGAAUCCUAAACUAAUGGAUUAUGUAGAAGUUCACAAAGUCAGACAAGAUGAGCCAGCAGUAUUACUGAAACAUAAAGAAAAUAGCGGCAAGACCAAAAAAUACACUGUUCCAGGAACCAGCAAAGAAUAUACCAAGGUCUCAACAGUUGUGGACCAUAAUAUUCUAGUACUAAUGCCAGAUUCAUGCAUCCAGCACACAUCCGUGUCUCAAGAAGCCUCAACAGAAACGUCUCCGCACCUUCAGCAAGGUCAAGCUGAGAAGAAUAUGAGCUAUUGUCUGACACCUCCAAGCGAGUGCGUAAGAGAGACCAAUGGAUCAGAGUACAUGGACCCAUCUUCCUUUAUGCCCUCCUUUAAAUAACUAGUAGUUAGUACGGUACAUACUUAGUGAAACAAAAUAGCACAUAGCAAAUAGUUCCUUAAAAAAGCCUAGCCUCCUAUGUGUAUUAUACAGAGAAUAAAAGAAACUGUGGGUUGAGGUAAUAAUCAUGGAAGUAAACUUUGGAUCAUUAACACAUUUCUGACACAGGGAAAUGAGGGAAUGAAUAUUAUCUGCCAUGAAAAAUACAUUGUAAACUAAUUAUCCAGCUCUGCAGAUUUUCUAUUAGUUGAUUAAACCUGAGGGAAUACUGCAGAUUCAACAAACAUAAAAAUUGUUAUGAGUCAGUCAGUACACCAUAGUGAUCUGAGCAGUUCCUAAAUUGGAUAAAUUGCACAACACCAUUCUGAUCUACAAUUUAUUUUAUUUUCUUCUGAAUGCAUUCUGAGACUAGAUUAAGUUUCCUUUAUGGUUUUUUUUUAAUUCUUAAGAAAAAAGGAGCUCUUAUAUAUGACAAAUCAUAUAUAAAAGAGAACAUAUUCAACAAAUUACAAUAAAAUAACAAAUUCUUCUAAAUAUAUUUUUGCUUUGUUUCACUGUGAUGGAAAACUGCAUCCCAUUCAUAUCCUGCUCCAAUCAAACCAAACAUGAAAAAAUAGCAGGACAAUAUUUGUUAUACUGCCUUACUGUAUAUAAUAUACAACUCUACUUUAGUACAAGCCCAUAUGUUUAACAAUGUAUUUUAAAGGCUAUUUUUCUAUUACCAAAAAAAAGCAAAAUAAAUAUUUUUUAAUUUCCCAGUGCUAUUUAGCUACUUCAGAACUUUUAUGUUCCCUUCUGCUGAGACAGUGGUAAGAAGUAAAGCUACCAUUUCUAUACAAAGCAUAAAAUUAAACUUUAUACUAAUUAAGAAUAUGAAGUAAUUUUUAAGCUAUAUUUCUAAUAUAUUGCAGAUGUAUUACUAUUUUAAUUGUAAAUUAUUUAUUUCACUUGUUUUUUAUCACCUGUAAUUAUAAAAUUAAAAUAGAAUCUAGGUUUUGAAAGCAAAGCUUCUUUCCCACUGAAUUUGUACUCUGAUGCCAAUCAUGAAUGGAUGGUGUUCUCCUGAGUUCUUAGACAUUGCACUUUUCUCUGAGCCUGGAAGGAAAGUUUGAAGCCAGAUUUUUCAUAAUGAACUCAACAUUAAUGUUGGGAUCCAGCCUCCAAAGUCAAAGAUACGAGGCAUAGAGUCUGAGUCAGAGCUCUACUGAGAGUGGUGGGAAUGAGGAAAGGAGCCCCGUGUACUUGGGCUGGCCAGAUGUCCCCAGAAGAGCAGUGGGAACAGUGAGGAUUUCUCAUAUCCCACACAACCGAAGGUGAAAUCAAAACAAUACUGGAAUGGCUCUGAACCAACUGUGGUCCUUCCUUCUUGAAACAAAAGUUUAAUUUACUCCAAGAAAGUAUGACCAAGUGAUGACUGGAUAAAACUGGGGCAAGUAUUUAGCCAGCAUCACUAGCUUCAGGGGAUAUUGGAAAGGUAAGGUAAGAGAAAUUGUACUGUAUAUGUGAAGGAAAGCGUGUUUGCUAUCGAUGAGCUCUCCUCUAAUCUUGUCCUUCCUGGACAGCUUUACAUUUCUCCAGCUUUGCAUGGUUUUAUGCACUGAGCCAGCCUUCCUGCAGUAUCAGGUAACCUGCUGCAGAGCUAGCCAAAAGAGAAUGUCAGAUUUUGAAGGUCCCAGAAGGCCACAUCUAGUUGGGCAAAUCAGAUUCUCACCUUCUACUUUCAUGCCAUGGAACUGUUGAAGUACAGAUCAGUCGAGCCAUCUAGCCCUUCCACUGGCAGGACUUUAGAAUGUAACUAGUUAUCUGUGUGUCUGUAAACGUAUGUGUUAGUGUAUGCUGUUACACUUAAUUUAGGCAUCAAAUUCAAAGCCUGUGCCCUCUAUACUGGCAGUGUUGUGCUGCUUCCAGAGGUUGAUCAGAACAGUCUGGAUGCUCUGCUGAAUGCGUGGGCAGCUAUCUUAGAUUCUUAAUUCAGCCUCUUAUCUAACACUUGGAGACAUGAAGUGGCUACUCCACAGAGCAGCCAUACAUAACAUUUUAUUUAGUUACAGUUAACAGGACAGUUUUACUGUAACAUUUGUAGUAUCUCUUACAAAUUUUCUAAGGAUGCUGAAAGUAUGGCGAAGAAUUAUUAAUUUAUCAGUCGAAACUGGAAUGUUUUGCAGCAACUUGUGUGUCUGCGUGUAGGCAAGCUGAUAAUAUACUCCUUCUGACAGUGCUUCAUUUACACUUCAGUUUUCCGAUAGAACCUAUCAGAGCUGAUCCGGAUCAGACACACUCUCUCUCUUUACACAGCCGUAUCUGAGCCAAGCUGGUUUUUUCUACUCCUAAUGCUGUGCAUAAAGACAUGCUGCUACAGGCCUUCUGUGGUGCAUCUAGUGAUGCAUAGAGGCUGUAGAAUCUUAUCAAGCCACAGCCUAAAGAUUUUCCUUAUGUAGUGGAUUUCUUAGGCAUUUCUUUCUGGGCUUCUUAGAGUAAAACACAGGUGACUACAUAGACAUUGUAAGCUGAAGAAAGCAUGGAUAAGGUGUCAGUAGCAGGCUGUUGCUGUGUUACUGGUUACUUUGGACCUGAGGCAGACAGACACAACCUUUAGCAGAUUGUAAAUGUAUGAUUCAUCCUGCCUGACUGUAGGUUUCUAUAUGUAUACCUCCAGUAAUCCACACAGAAAGAGAACUGAGUGGAAGAGUUUCUAUACUUUGCCAUAAAUUGGCAAAGCUGCGAAACAGCUGCAGCCUGAAUUACAUUGUGAGGUAUAGAUUCUCUCCCACCUUUGCUGAUGAGUGUCUCAAUAUUCCAGAUCAUCCUGGCUUUCUGUGAAAAGGGAAGUUCAGCCAGAGUGGAAAAGGUGCAUUUGCUCGCUACUCUGGGUAGCUAAGCUUUCUGAGGGAUUUGCUAGCUAAAUACAAUUUGAACACAAUUUUCAUAAGUAUAUUUCAUUCUUUGAGCUGAACAAAUGUGCAGGUUAAUUAUUUUUCCCUUGGAUUUGCUUUUAUUUUCCAAAAUACCUUGCUACUCCCACUCUGGGAGCAACGCUUUCUGAAAGUGGCCUUUGACAUCUGAAAGUACAUUAUGAAGAGAGUAAACUAGUGUUCUGUAAAAUCAGAAUAACCUUCAGCUAAGUUUUUGGGCCUUUGGAUGUUCAAAUACUUUUUUGUUUCCAACAAUAGCUUUGUCUGCAGCUCUUUAAGGAAUAGCUUUUUAUUAGGAAAUAGAUGAGAUUUUGCAGCAAUUGUACACAGUCGAUUGUUGUACAAUUAUGACACGCCGGUGGGGAAUAACAGGCUCUCGACACCUCCUUUGAUAUACAGAGGGAUGAAGUAUGUAACAGAAUUUACCCCAGGAACAGGGAUUAGCCCUCUGGCUCUUGCCCUAUUAGUCAAAUUUCUUACUUAGAGUAAUUAUUUGAAAAGUUUGAAUGAUGUUUUCAAUGUCAAAUUUAUGAAUAUGUCACUUAGUGUGAAUUACUUUUUAGUAGCAUAAAAGCCCUAAAAGGAAGCAUAAAGGCUCUUCAGAAGUCAAGAACUUUAUUAAAUUAAAAAUAUUGAAUAUAUAUAUUUUUAAUUAAUUACCUUUCCUUUGGACUCGGACUAAUUUUAUUAACAGUUUUUCUUCAGUAUUGACAAAUGCGAUUCAUAACAUUCAAUUUUCUAGUUAGACCUUUUUCUUUAGCAGAAACAUAUUUGAUGUACAAUUUUAGUGUAAUAUUCCUGACUUUUAAAGAGAUAUGACAUAUUGAAGUGUGACACUUGCUCCCAAAACUCACUGUCCCAUAAAGUGCGGGCUUGAAGAAUGGUCUGGAUCAUACUAUGUAACUACAAAGAUUAUUUAAUAAAAAUGCAGUAAACUGACCUUAUAUAAUACUAGCAAGAGGUUAUAUGUGUUUAUGUAACAAACUGUAAAAUGAAUAUGUAAUGAUAAAUUGAUUUAUGUUAAAGCAGUGAAUGCUGUGGUAUAUAUGUUUAUGUGUCUGUGUUUAGAUGGCUGGAAAAUACACAGUUGCUUUAAAUGUCAUUUAAGUAUUUAAAGUGUAGUAACAGCAGGUGUUCAAAAUGAAUAAGCAGAAUUUUUUUUGUGAUUUCUGAAGCAUUGUAUGUGUGGGGAUCACUUCAUGAAGCCUGUAAAUAUAUUUCAAAAUUUUUCUUUAACUGUAAACAAUUUGAAGGUGUUGUGCAAGGAUCUGAUCCAGUUGGUAGAUAUUAGACAUCUUCUACAAAGCCAUAAAGAUAAGUGAAAUGAAAAAGUGUCAUGAGAUCAGGCAUUAUAUUCUCAAAGAAUUGCUACCUCAGAUUAUUUUUUUCCUCCCUUUAAAAAGGCAGACAAAAACAUUUUACUUUGUGUGUCAAAUUGUGAAUCAUUCUAUCAAGAUUACAAAAAAAUCUUACUUGCUUAAAUUAUUUUUGUUGACUAACAGCUUCUCAUAGAAUCAUCACUUGUGUUGCACUGGUAGUACCAGGGUGGGAUAUUUGAGAUGUGUAGCAAAACGAAAUGUUUUUAAUAUGAAAAAAUAACAGAAAUUUCUGUCUUGUAGGGAAAGCCAUACUGACCCAUUUGGCAGCCAAGCAUCAGUCCCUUUCCUGGGCUGAAAAUUUUUUUGCCACUGCCUGUGCACCCAGCUCACUAGGACUGAAUGUGCUGAGUUGUCAGAGGUGCUCUGAUUCUGGAUCUCAGCAAUGGAACUAAGCAUUUAUCAAUGCCUGCUAUUUAGAAAGACCUGUUUUCAGCUGAGUUCCUGAGAAGUAAAUCUUCAAGCUCUGUCCCUAAAUGAUUGACAAUGGAGACUAGCUCUACUCCCAAUACUAAACCCAGAUUCCAGUUCCUGUGGGUGUGGAAAGAUGGACCAAAUUACAUUAAUUAGGACAAUAUUAUGGCCCUGCCUUGAAAAACAUUUUGAAAUAAAUCAGGGAUUUUUUUCAUCUUCCCCGUGUAUGUCGAGCAGGAGAUUAAAGAUAAACGGAAUACAGAAAUAGAUAACAUAUGGCCAUAGAAAAAGAGCUUAAUGAUGGGAAAGGGGGACAUGGUUGCUGCACGUGGCAGAAAGGGAGAGGAAUACAGUCACUAUAGGAUGGUACACAGGUAAAUAAUUAGAGAAAUCAGAGGGGGUAAACAUGCAUUUUGACUACAACUGGGAAGAAAGGAAGGGACAACAGAAAAUGGAAGCCAAAGAAUCAAAUGUAAGAGCAGACAGGAAAAAAUGAGUAGAAGUGAGAAGAGUGACAAAUAUUUUUGUGGAAAAAAAAAAAAAAGAGAGAAAAAAACGCUUUUAUAUCAAAGGUCUGAGUAUGCACAGCUACCUGACAUAGUCCA